GGAGGGCAUUAAGGGAGAAGACAGCUAUCAAUGACAUCAACCAGCUUCAGUAUCCGAAGCCGCCCGACCGGCCACCCUCUGCCCACAGAAGGCAUCGGUGAGGCACAGCAGGAGCGUAAGAGGAGGACACGCAGGACGGCGUGACAUGCAUCCACCUUUUUAAGGCAGACCCUCCUUUUUGAGUGGAGCUCUGCUGCCACUGGAUUACACUCCAGCCGUGGAAGCUUCCAGCUGCAAAUCCACCCACAUGAAUCUCGCAGACGGCAUAGAAGAAGAAGACGGCACACUUCCUACCAAGAGUGCCUACCCCUGUUGAGUGAAGCCCCACCCGCAUCCCUGUCGUCUCCAAGCAGCCUGCGGUGGGACCAUGUAUCGACACAGCACAGGUGGAGCGCUCACCCGGUCCGGGAGGCUGAUCAUCGGGCUCCGCCUCAGGAUCUCCCUGCUGUGUCUACUACUGCCUCUUAUCAUCCUGCUGAAUAAAGUGAACAGUGUGCAUGGAGCACUAGCUGCUCCCAAGUUCACCAAGAUUCCCACAGACCAGAUUGGCGUGUCAGGAGGCGUGGCAUCGUUUGUAUGCCAAGCCACUGGGAAUCCCAAGCCGGUCGUCUACUGGAACAAGAAGGGCAAGAAGGUCAACUCUCAGCGUAUCGAGACCAUCGAGUUUGAUGAAGGCGCAGGCGCCGUGCUGAGGAUCCAACCUCUCAGAGCACCUCGAGAUGAGAACAUCUAUGAGUGCGUGGCACGCAACAGCGAAGGAGAGCUGUCAGUCACUGCAAAGCUGGCCAUUAUCAGAGAGGACCUGCUGCCAUUUGGAUUUCCAAGUAUUGACAUGGGCCCCCAGCUGAAGGUGGUGGAGCGCACAAGGACAGCCACCAUGCUGUGUGCCGCCAGCGGAAUCCCCGACCCAGAGAUCUCCUGGUUCAAGGACUUCCUGCCCGUUGAACCCGGCUCCAGCCAAGGUCGCAUCAAACAACUAAGAUCGGGAGCGUUACAGAUCGAGAACAGCGAGGAAACAGACCAAGGGAAGUACGAGUGCGUGGCCACCAAUUCUCAAGGGGUGCGCUACUCUUCGCCAGCCAACCUUUACGUGCGAGGAGCGACAGACACAUUGCGCCGCGUCCCCCCUCGUUUCUCCAUCCUUCCCUCCAACCACGAAAUCAUGCCAGGAGGGAGCGUCAACAUCACCUGUGUGGCGGUGGGCUCCCCGAUGCCGUAUGUCAAGUGGAUGGUGGGCAGUGAGGAUCUGACCCCUGAGGACGAGAUGCCGAUCGGCCGGAAUGUACUGGAGCUCAACGGCGUACGGGAGUCUGCCAACUACACAUGUGUGGCCAUGAGUAGCCUGGGCAUCAUCGACGCCACAGCUCAGGUCUUAGUCAAGACUUUGCCAAAACCUCCUGGCACGCCCAUUGUCACAGAGACCACGGCCACCAGUGUCACCAUCACCUGGGACUCCGGUAACCCUGACCCAGUCUCCUAUUACAUCAUCCAGUACCGAGCCAAAGGUCCAGACAGCAAAUACGAGACGGUGGACAGCAUCACCACCACACGUUACAGCAUCGGCGGCCUGUACCCCAACACGGAGUAUGAAAUUAGAGUGUCAGCCUUCAACAGCAUUGGUCAGGGACCACCCUCUGUACGUGUGGAGGCCAGGACGGGGGAGCAGGCCCCGGCCAGCCCACCCCGAAAUGUCCAGGCCCACAUUAUUUCACAGAACACGGUGAUGGUCCGCUGGGAGGAACCGGAGGAGCCAAAUGGGCAGGUGAAGGGCUAUCGCGUGUACUACACCAUGGACCCGUCCCGUCCGAUGAAUGAGUGGAAGAUCCAUAAUGUCCAGGACAGUGUGAUCACCACUAUACAGAGCCUGGUGACCUCCGAGACGUACACCAUUCAAGUCCUGGCCUUCACCUCAGUCGGGGACGGGCCCUUCUCGGACCCGGUCCAUGUUAAAGUCAUGCCAGGAGUUCCAGGACAACCGGGAAAGUUCAAAAUCGGGAGAGUGACAGACACCAGCAUUGAACUAACCUGGGAGCCUGCAUACACCAAGGAGGGCAUCAUCAACUACGAGCUCCUUUAUAAACCUGUCAAGUUUGGCAGUUUGGAGAAGCUGACCUUUGGCCCACGAAACUCCUACACCGUCGAGGGUCUGAAAGCCAACACGGAGUACUCCUUUUCCCUGGCCGCCAUCUCAAACAAAGGCAUCGGCGCUUUCACCAAUGAACUGGUGCAGAGGACCUCACAAGCCAAGCCCUCAGCCCCGCCCGAGGGUGUGUCCUGCGAGAGUGCCAGCUCCACCUCUCUGAGGGUUAGUUGGAGGCCACCUCCAUUGGAGGGCCAGAAUGGCGAUUUGGCAGGUUAUGAGCUGAGGUACCGCAGAGUUUCUGGGUCAGGAGGCAGAGGUCAGGGCCAGGAGGUCAAUGGGCUACCUAUCCCGGCCCAGCAGGGGAACACACUAGUAGAGGGGCUGGAAAAAUGGAGCUGGUACAACAUCACCAUGGCAGCCUCCACCUCUGAAGGAAUUGGACCCAACAGCCAGCCUGUGCUCUGCAGAACUGAUGAGGAUGUUCCAGGCGCAGCACCUCGUCAUGUGGACGUCCAGCCUUUUAAUUCCUCUGCACUUCGGGUCACUUGGCGGUCUGUGUUGCCAAGGUUACGGCAAGGUCAGAUCCGUGGCUACCAGGUGCACUACAGCCGUGCUGUAGGCAGUGAAUCCAGAAACCUUCCUUGGAUAAAAGACCUCCUGUUGGAUGAGGCUCAGAUGGAGGAGGACGAUUCCACUCAGUAUGAGAUGAUUUUGGGAGGCCUAAAAGCAGAGACUUUGUAUUCAGUGUCGGUGGCAGCAUACACUACUAAAGGUGAUGGAGCACAUAGCAAAACCAAGCUGGUGCAGACCUCGGGGAUGGUGCCUGCCCCCCCCUGCCUGUGGGUGCGUUUGGGAUUGGGUCCAUCAGUGGUACUGCGAUGGGCUUCUCCGCUGGAAUGCUCAGAGCCGGACUCUGAUGGCUUGAGGCUCCCGUUGGAAAUUCUUGGCUACCGCCUCCAGUUUGGCCUGAAGAAUACCACCCUAGAAACCACAAUACAGUUCCCAGUUAAUGAGAAUAACUUCACCGUCACAAACCUCUCCCCAGGCUCCUCCUACGUUUUUCUUCUCUCUGCGAGGAGCCGAGCCGGUUUUGGAGAUGUAGCACAGAGGGAAAUAACAGUGCCCAUCUUUCCACCCUCGGGAUACCCGAAAAUAUCUGACUUUGUUAAUGCCACUUGCUGCUCUCUCCAGUUCUCGUGGCUGCCCCCUAACCAGGAGGAAUGCAAUGGUGCCAUCACAGAAUACAACAUAGCUUACAAGGAGGCUGCACGGCCAAAACCCUCAAGCGUCCCCGACCCCUUUUCUGAACCGGAACUCCCUGCUCCCCUACACGUGGUCACACUGCCAGCGAGUCAGUCUAGCUACACAAUCUUGGGCCUCAAUCACGGCACAGCCUACGAGGUGCAACUCAGAGUCCGCAACAAGGUGGGGCUCGGUCCUUUCAGCCCCCCUCUGGUGUGCCGAACCCUGGCCUUUGAAACAGACGUGCCAAGGAAUUUUUCAGUCAAUCUGGCCACAAGGACCAGUGUUCUUCUAACGUGGGAGUUCCCAGAGAGCAGCAACCCUUAUCGCUUUACUGUGGAGUAUAACCGGCAGAAGAUGGAGGUGGAUGCUCGCCUGAAGAAGGCGGUCAUUCCAAACCUUCAGCCCGACACCAGCUACGACUUCAAAAUCACAGCCCCUGAAGGCAACAUGGGCGGACUUCGCCACCGCAUCACAGCCAAAACCUCACCGCCUAUUACCAUCCGUCGCCCUGAGAUUGACCACACCCGCGAAACAGAAACCACAGUCACCAUAAUCCUGCCAUCACUGGAGUCUCGAACGCCUGUCAAGAAUGUUUAUGUUGUUGUGGUUCCACUGAGGAGGGCCAGAGGCGUCAUCAGACACCUCAAGAGCCCAGAUGAAAUGGACUUAGAGGAGCUGUUAAAAGACAUCAGUCAAAAGCAGAGAGACUCUCGCCAGCAGAAGCAGGUGGACCUGCGCCGCGCCUACAUCACAGCCCGCUUCACACCGGCCACCCUACCAGCCUUCUUCACCCUGGGGGACCAGCUGGACUAUGGCGGCUUUGAGAAUCGAGCGUUAGAGCCCGGGCAGGAAUAUGUUUUCUUCAUCCUGGCAGAACUCAACUCCACAACUGGGAAGAUGUACGUGGCCAGCCCAUACACAGACCCAGUUAUUGCCCCAGAUUCAGACCCCCAACCUCUGGAUGCAGGUGAUGGUCUUAUCUGGGUGGUAGGACCUGUACUGGCGGUGGUCUUCAUCAUCUGCAUCGUCAUCGCUAUUCUUCUCUACAAAAACAAACCUGACAGCAAACGUAAAGAAUCAGAGCCGGGAACGAAGAGUCUAUUGAGUAAUGCAGAGAUGAUGGCCCAUCACCCUACAGAUCCGGUGGAGAUGAGGCGGAUUAACUUCCAGACUCCAGGAAUGAUGAGCCAUCCUCCAAUUCCCAUCAGCGAGCUAGCAGAGCACAUAGAGCUGCUGAAAGCUAACGACAACCUCCGUCUUUCCCAGGAGUACGAGUCCAUUGACCCUGGUCAGCAAUUCACUUGGGAGCAUUCCAACCUGGAGGUCAACAAGCCUAAAAACCGCUAUGCUAAUGUGAUCGCAUACGACCACACCAGAGUCAUCCUGGCGCCCAUAGAAGGUGUCUUGGGAAGUGACUACAUCAAUGCCAAUUACAUUGACGGUUAUAGGAAGCAGAACGCCUACAUCGCCACCCAGGGGCCGCUGGCUGAGACAUUUGGGGACUUUUGGAGAAUGGUGUGGGAGCAGCGGGCGGCCUCUGUUGUCAUGAUGACACGCUUGGAAGAGAAAUCAAGGAUAAAGUGUGACCAAUACUGGCCGAGUCGGGGCACAGACACAUACGGGACAAUCCAGCUAACCCUGCUGGACACCAUGGAACUGGCUACAUUCUGUGUCCGCACCUUUUCCCUACAUAAGAGCGGCAGCAGUGAACGACGAGAGGUGCGUCAGUUCCAGUUCACCGCUUGGCCAGAUCACGGCGUUCCUGAGUAUCCAACCCCCUUCCUCAACUUCCUGCGCAGGGUCAAGGCCUGCAACCCCCCAGACGCCGGUCCCAUCAUUGCCCACUGCAGCGCUGGCGUAGGCCGCACAGGCUGCUUCAUCGUCAUCGACGCCAUGUUGGAGCGUAUCCGCCAUGAGCGCACCGCUGACAUCUAUGGUCACGUUACACUGAUGCGCUCGCAGAGGAACUACAUGGUGCAAACCGAGGACCAGUACAGCUUCAUCCAUGAGGCACUCCUGGAAGCCGUGGCCUGCGGCAACACAGAAGUUGCUGCGAGGAGUCUCUAUUCAUACAUGCAGAAACUGGCCAAGGUGGAGAACGGCGAGCAUGUCACUGGCAUGGAGCUGGAGUUUAAGCGACUGGCCAACACCAAAGCCCACACGUCCCGCUUCGUCACAGCCAACCUCCCCUGCAACAAAUUCAAGAACCGGCUUGUCAACAUCAUGCCCUACGAGACCACCCGCGUUUGUCUCCAACCCAUCAGAGGCCUGGAGGGGUCUGACUACAUAAACGCCAGCUACAUUGAUGGUUACAGGCAGCAGAAAGGCUACAUCGCCACCCAGGGUCCACUUGCAGAGACCACUGAGGACUUCUGGAGGAUGCUGUGGGAGCACAACUCAACUAUCGUGGUCAUGCUCACUAAACUGAGAGAGAUGGGCCGCGAGAAGUGUCACCAGUACUGGCCAGCUGAGCGCUCAGCCAGGUACCAGUACUUUGUUGUGGACCCAAUGGCUGAGUACAACAUGCCUCAGUACAUCCUGCGGGAGUUCAAAGUAACAGAUGCCAGGGAUGGCCAAUCACGAACAGUCCGUCAGUUCCAGUUCACUGAUUGGCCCGAGCAAGGUGUGCCCAAAUCUGGCGAGGGCUUUAUCGAUUUUAUCGGUCAAGUGCACAAAACUAAGGAGCAAUUUGGCCAGGAUGGACCAAUCAGCGUUCACUGCAGUGCUGGCGUGGGUCGGACAGGGGUCUUCAUCACUCUGAGCAUCGUGCUGGAGAGGAUGCGCUACGAAGGGGCAGUGGACAUCUUCCAAACUGUCAAAAUGCUGCGGACACAGAGGCCUGCCAUGGUGCAGACUGAGGAUGAGUACCAAUUCUGCUACCAAGCCGCUCUGGAGUAUUUGGGUAGCUUUGACCACUAUGCAACAUAAGCGAAGACACAACCGGAAUGACGGAGCAAAGAGGGAUCUCAACACCAACAAGGACAUAAAAAAACAAAAAAAACAAAUCCGUGUCUAACAACAGCCAGGCUCUUUUUUUUGCGGAAGAGCUGCGCUAGACUCUCCAUGUGUAAUCCAUAUACUUACCUCAGUGUUCCAGUGUGAAGGACGUAUAAUAAUACAUACUGUAUGUGUCGUGGUCAGCUAUCUCCAAUAUGAACCAGUGAAAUACAGGAACAGGAAUUCUGAUUCUCUAUGUGUAUAAAUGCUAAAAGAAACACACAAAGAGCCUGGAUAUUUGCUGCACCCAUAAUGGGCUUUUUAUCCUCAACUUUGUAUCUAUUGGUUUGGUGUACUCAUGGCUUACAAGAGUGCAAGGGUCAACAUUUCUAAGGUGUCAUUACGAAAGCAGGUGGUUAGGUUCUGUGGACGGGCCUGCUAGACACGCACGUGGACGCUCCAAAAAGACGCACAGUGCCAACACGAGCCAAUCAACUGUGGCUUAUCAUGAAUUGUGAUGUCAGACCAAGAGAGACUCUGAAUAUCCCGGACUGGGCUGGCGCCUUUGACAAAGCUUGCUUGUUAUAUUUGCUUGUAUUGCGCCUUCAUACUCCUCUUCUUCACGUCAGGCCCAUCGUGUCGGCUCCAAUGGUGGCUUAUUGACAGGGAUGCUACUGAAAGACUUCUUCUAUAUUUUGUCUUAUGGUUUUGUGUGUACGUGUGCGUGUUUUCUUUUUUUUUUGUAACUAUUAUUAUCAUUGCCUUACGCUGAUUUGUGUUUUAACAUGCUGCUUUGCUCACAUUAUCAUAUAUCUUAUUAUGUUAGAUUAUCUGAAAGUGAGGAAGAAAGCCCCUCUGAAGCCAGCUUACUUGAAGUGCACCACAUUGCAAUUAAAUCUUACCACUUAAUGAUGAAAAAUACCGUAAUAACCCAAAUAUAAGACAAACCUGAUUUAUUUUUCAGACCCAUUUUUGACAUUUUUUUUUAUAUCAAAUCAUCAUAGCUCCCCCUUUUGUAAAUUGUGUCCAACCUUUGAGACACUCUGUUGCCUGCAUCUGUCGUGAGUGACAGAAGGAAAAGCUCUGACUUGCCAGUCUGCAUGUAUGGACAAGAGGUGUCUUUCUCGGGAAUGAUACAGUCGUAUAUUACGGUCAAUACGGUGUUGUUUACUUUAAAUCCACUACAGUCCCAUUCAAAUUCUAUGUCCUUAACUGUCCUUAUUGAUGUUUCUCCUUCUGCGUGAAAUGAAUUUAUCAUCUCAUCAUAACUGGUGGUGACUCUAGAGCACAGCAGCCAUGUCAUAGUGCAGCAAAUUGAUGAUAUUUCGCCUGAAAUCGUGUACAUACAUUUCAAUAUUGUUCUUAUUGUCGCAAAAACAAGCCUUAUUGUGUCAUAUUUAUUUAAUGUGAUUUCCCCCCCUUUUUUUUAAAGAUAUUUAUUAAUCUAUUUUAUUACAUUUUAUGUUGUUUUUAUUAAUUUGGAGUAUCUAGCAACUAUAUCCAAUACAAUGUAGUUUUCUGUCCAUUUUUAUUUUGUAUUAUUUUGGUGCUCUGUUAAAUGCUUUUUUUCAUUUGCUCUAUUAUAAAGUAUGCCCUCUGUGUAGGGUGCUAUUUGAUACUGAUGUCCAAGUAUUAGUUAGAGAUGUAUAUUAGAGGCAGGUAGUUUAAGUUUACAGUGAUGCCGCCCCGGGCCCCUACUCAACCUCCAUAGCAACAAGACGGGUGAUCCUAGCAACAAGGUCAAAGGGCAUCAGAUGUAGUUUGCUAAAGCACAUGGUAGCAAGUGUAUUUUUGACAGAAGGCUCAGCUACACGUUACUUGCCCUUAAAAAUUGUUUGAAAAAUUAUAUGAAGUCGAUGUGUGGUCUAGAAGUCUUGACAGUGUGUGACAUAUAUGGAAAUAUGUUAUUCCUUCACUUUCUAAACAGUUGUUGUGUCAAGAGAACUACUUUAAGAUACACACACAUACACACACACACACACACACACAAGGCGUAAUGAUUAUGUGUCAAGGGCCAGCUCUGAUGACGCCAUCCUCCUCCUUCACUUAUGUACCUGUUCUUUCCUUUACAAAAGACCUAGAUGUAGAUAUAAUAUCUUGACUUUGUAUUAAAAGCAGAUGAUUGGAUAUGCAGCACAAUGGAACUUUG